CUUUCCCUGCGAGCUUGAGGCGCUUUCUAUUCCUCGCUCUCCAUAUUAAUUUUCCAAACAAAAAUAGCACAGACCGUGACGAGGAACUACCACAUGCAUAGCGGUUGCAGCAUAAGAGCUCUAUGGAUCCUCAACAAUCUCGACGCCGUCCUUUUCUCCAGGAGGUUUCCGGUGGUAGAAAGGCAGUGGCGGGCUGCUUGCAAGAGCGAAAACGACAGCUCAAAUGAGGAUCCUGUCAAGUACAGUGUGCUACCUAUUCUUCCAAAUGAAUCAGAGCUAGCUGCUGCAUUUGCGGAGAGGAAGAAAAGGGAGGGUUCAACACGUGGGUAUGGUAUACGGGUGACUCAGUCAGUUGAAGGGUCGGACUCCUGGAUUGAUGACCCCAUUACACGUCACGUUAUAAGUCUUCGUAUAGCCACUGUGGAGGAAGCCGAGGGUCAUCUGCUUUGGCCUUUAAUUUUGCAUGUUAGAGGUCCUUAUUCCAUCCUUGCUCUGCCGUUGGUUGAGCCAAGGCAUUUGAAGGCAUAUUCAAGAUUGUGCAGCAGGUCUGACUGUGGAAAUGCUGUUGGAGCAGAUGAAAGCAUAUCAUCCCUCCUGCUUGAUCUUCCAUCCAUCACAGGAGCAUUCUUGGUAGCACUUGCAAUUGGUGAUAUAAUUACCGGUGAUGUGGUGGAUCCAGAGGUUGUUGUCAGUGCAUCACCAUCUGUAGGAGGCCUGUUGGAUUCCUUAACUGGAAGCAUAGGGAUAUCAGGUAUCUCCUCUAGGGCAAAACCUGUGGCUGCACCUGUUGCAUCUGCAACACCAUCCAGUACGGCUGCAAUUGGAGCUGUUACAGCAGAUGCUCCAAAAAUAGGUUCAAGGCCUUUAGAUAAAGAUGCACUUCGAAAUUUCAUAAGCAGCGCAAUGCCCUUUGGUACUCCCCUGGACCUCAACUACUCCAAUAUUUUUUCUAUCAAGGUUAAUGGCUUUUCUGCAUCUGAUCUGCCCCCAUCUGACCUCAAACAACCAUCAUGGAAACCCUAUCUUUACAAAGGAAAGCAGAGAAUGCUCUUCACACUUCAUGAGAUUGUGCAUGCUGCAAUGUAUGACAGAGAUGAUAUUUCAGAUACAAUAUCUAUCUCAGGCCAAAUAAACUGUCGAGCAGAAUUGGAAGGAUUGCCUGAUGUAUCACUCCCUUUGACAGGGUUGAACAAGGCUCAUGUUGAGGUUUUAUCUUUCCAUCCUUGUGUUCAAGUUCCUGAGCAUGGCGUGGAUAAGCAGGCUAUGCUGUUUUCACCACCAUUAGGUAAUUUUGUUUUGGUGCGUUAUCAGGCAAGUUGUGCCUUAGGUCCUCCUAUAAUAGGGUUUUACCAGUUAUCAAUGGUCUCUGAGGAUGAAGGGGCGUUUCUAUUCAAGCUGCGGAUAAUGGAAGGCUAUAAGUCUCCUUUGACAAUGGAGUUCUGCAAUGUGAUUAUGCCUUUUCCAAGGAGAAGAAUUUUGUCUUUUGAUGGAACCCCUUCCAUUGGUAUAGUUUCUAACACUGAGCAUUCGGUUGAAUGGAAAAUUAUUCCAAGUGGUAGAAGCCUUACUGGGAAAAGCAUUGAAGCAACUUUCCCUGGAACAGUUCGAUUUGCUCAAUGGCAAAUUCAAAGACUUCCUUCCUCUAAAUUUGGCAAUGGGAACACAAGUGAUGGAGAUAGUGAUGGUGAGGGCGAGAGCACAAACAAUAUGGUGAAUGUAGAGGAAUUCUUAAUGGAGAAAAUGAGCAAAAAUCUUCCUGCGGUUGACCUAGACGAACCAUUUUGCUGGCAGGCAUAUAAUUAUGCCAAAGUGUCUUUCAAGAUUACUGGGGCUUCAUUAUCUGGAAUGUCAGUUGAUCCUAAAUCUGUGAGCAUCUAUCCAGCUGUUAAAGCACCUGUGGAGUUGUCAACUCAGGUUAUUUCUGGGGACUAUAUAUUGUGGAAUACAUUGGGGAAGUGCCCAUCUGCAGCAACAGCUUAAACUUUAGGGAUCUUCAAAGAGGUUAAUGCAAGAAUUAUGUGAUAUUCAAAAGAAAAGAAGAAGAAGAAGAAAAAGAAAAAAUGGGAUGCUGGCUAUUGGCUCAUCAAGCGUAUCGCACACAUGCUCUCUCAUUUCUAUACAUGCUGGAUGGUAAUUACUUUGCCGUAGACCGACUGGCUUUUGACAUGACAAAUGACAUACUUCGAUGGGCCUUGCCAUUCAGUUUGUGUACUGUAUUUUAUCUGUAAUAGGAAGGAGAAUUGAGUGGAGAGUGAAAUUUCGACGGAGCGGUUCUAUAAAGGGUGGCUUGUGAUGUUGUAAAUUUCCAAAAUGCUACAAAUUAAUGUUGGAAUGCAGCAGAAAUGUCUUUCUACAAUUCUACUGACAAAGUGGAUUUACGAGGUGCCUUGAUUCUCCUUAUGUAAUGGAUUUGGUCGGUGUUUGGCAGUUUCAAUUUUUUUUAUUUGGCAA